AUGGCGGCCAACACUGGCGCCGGCACCAGCGGCAGCAAGAUCCGCAACGCCAAGCUGGUGAGCACCCUCCGCCCCCUUUCCCUCCGGCCUCUGCCCCGUUCCCGUCGUUUACUUCGGCGGCAGGCUGGAUUUUUACUUCUAGGGGACGUGGGCAAGUCCAGCCUGGUGCUCCGCUUCGUCAAGGGCCAGUUCGUCGAGUUCCAGGCCACAUCCCUCGCCCUUCCCUUCCCUUCCUUCACAUGCCCUAGGCUGUGCUGCAAACUGGACAUGACCUGUCUGUUUGUGUGUGCUGAUUUUGUUUUGCUGACCCUGGCGGUCAACGACGAGACGGUCAAGUUCGAAAUCUGGGACACGUCCGGUCAGGAGAGGUACCACAGCCUGGCGCCCAUGUACUACCGCGGCGCCGCCGCCGCCAUCGUCGUCUACUACAUCACCAACUCGAGCCAUACCUGUUUGUCCCCGCCCGCUUCCGAUGCGGUGGCCGUCGAGGGCAAACCCAUGGUGCUCGUGGCCGAGAAGUUGGGUUUUGCGCUCGUCGUGCGGUCGGGCACCAAUGUCGGCCGCGACGUCUUCGAGGCCUCCGACGGCCGUCUCCAUAUCGUCGGCCGCGUGGGGGUCGGGAUCGGCAACAGCUACCUCUUUACUGUUAGCCAUAAUUCACAACCUGAGGUGGUCACCUUUGAUCUAAUACCUGAUCGUGAUUUGGUGGUCGAGCCUAUGUCAACCACUGGUUCCACUCAGCCAAGCAGGCCAGACAUAAGGUCUUCACCUUCAGCAUCUAGUGAGAAUGUCAGGGCUCGCAAUUUAGGUUCUAGUUCCAGAUCAGCUGCCCCGCCACCAGCAGCACCACAAGACGGGGCUGCAAAUCAUUUACGUUUCGAUGCACGGACUAUACAUUUCUCUGUAAAUGCCUGGGUACUGGUUGUUGUUGGUCUGGGAAUGCUUCCGAUCUUGCCAAAACAUCUUGCAGACAGAGCUUGCAAGCUUUCAUUGCUGGGAACAGUCCUCUCCUCAGGAUACUCUUUAUACAGUACUUAUGGGAAACCAAGAGAAUUGAACAUGCCUGCAAUUCAGAGUUGGUUGCAGUCAGUACUUGGAGCCAAGGAUUUUAUGCAUUUAAUGUUCUCUCUGUUGCUCGUCACAUCUCAGCUGCGCUUAAAGAUUGCUGCCCUACCUGUGUUCUGCUGGGCGCUUUAUCAUGUUGCCAGAUUCCUAAGGCGUAACUUUUCCAGCUCGUCUUUCUAUAGGGGAUACUUGGAAGAGCCUUGCCUUUGCGUGGAGACAAACAACACCACGCUCAACCUUCUUAGCUCAAAUGCCGAACUUGCCUUGGGGUUUCUUCUGAUCAUAUCGCUGUUCUCGUGGCGGCGCAACAUCAUGCAGACAUUCAUGUACUGGAACGUGCUGAAGAUGAUGUACCGCGCGCCUGUGCCAUCCAGCUACCACCAGAGCGCGUGGGCGAAGAUCGGGCAGACCGUGAACCCGUACAUCGACCGCUUCCGUGGCAUAUUGUAG